AUGAGAACUCGCAAAGUUCAAGAUGGCCAAGUUGGUUUUGAGAUAAGAGGUUAGAGCCAUCCCAAAUUCAAGAGAAAACCCCAAGUUGAGAACCCAAAUGACAUUCAAUUGGAUAUCCCAAACGGAGAUUUGGCUGAAGGAAGAACCUAUUAUAAAACUAAUUGUGCUUCCUGCCAUCAUUUGGGUAUGGUUGUCAUCACUAUUUCUCAGACGUGGAUACCAACCUAGGGCCUUCAUUAAGAACUGUGUACCUAAGGAGAUUCAGAACCAAUUGGUCUAUGGAAUACGGAGGAGGAGAUUUAAAUUCUUGUUAAAAAUUCAUUUGGAACAGAAAAAAGUUAUGGGAAUUUCUAUAAAAUCCUGAAAAAAUGUUUUUAGAUACAGCAAUGCAAUUAGACGGGAUCAAUGAUCCUUUUGUACUUGCUAGUGUCAUUGAUUACCUUCAAUAUCUAAGAGUAUUCACUACAGAUAGCAAAAAAAUAGUUAUCUGA